AUGCUUGUCCUUCACUCGUCCAGUCGCUGCGAUGUCUGUCUACUGGAGUAUACAUGGGAGACGCCUGCCAAUGCACCCCAUGCGAUAGCAUGUGGUCAUAUUUUCUGUCGAGGCUGCCUGUACUCUAUGCAGCCCCCGCUAUGUCCUCUAUGCCGGAAGAUGUACCAGCCCGCGAAGAUCAAGAAGCUUCAUGUCGAUAAGCCGGAGGACAUUGACGACCACAGGGAGUUGGAUCUGCUGCAACGCCUGGCACUCUCGUGGGACCUGGCUGAUGACCAGCUGGAGGACAUCACAGACGAGGUGGAUGCGUGGCUAGAAGAUCGAGAAGAUGAUGUUAGCAUUGCAUUGCGCAAGUCUCGUGCGGCCUUAGCUCGGCACCGCGAGCUGAAGGAAUCGGAGGCGGCCCUUGAGGAAAGAGUCGACAGUCUUGAGGAGGAAAGGCAGCGGCUAGAUAACAGUAUCCUCUUCGAACAGAACAAGGCUCUGGUAGCGGCGGAGGCGUACUCGGCCAAAAUUGAGAGACUGGAGAAAGAAAACUAUUACCUAAAGUCCGAGUUGCAAACACUGCAAGCCAACCAACGGAACCAAACGCGAAAUCCUCUUCCUCCUCCUCCCGAACCGAUAUCAACCGAGCAUAUACCCAGCUUUGCCCAAGCAGUGUCCGACCCUAGCGUCAGGUUCUCCGACUUCCCUUCUCCGAGAUUUGAAGUGGAAUCUCGAAGCCGGAAGGGAAAAUCUAAAGUACCGCUGGACCAGCAAUAUGACCCAAGAUACCAGCAAACUCCCAGUUCUUCGCAUUAUGUUCAGCCCCACGUGAAUCAAUCUACCCGCGGAUCCGGGCUGCAGCUCAACUUCGACAGCACCACCCAGCCUCUAGACGCAUUUGCUCUCACGAGCGCCUACCUUCGAGAGUACUCAUCUGGUUUUGUGGAAGGCCAAUUGGCUGCGUCCACACCGGUGCAUCCCCCAGCAAUGAGCAACAAUAAGCGACACCCCCAGCCACCUGCCACAGCUGUCGAUCCGACUCAUCGACAUUCACACUCAACCUCGAGCAUCUAUCAAAACCAACCAUAUUCAGCACCAGCAGCUGCAGAACGAACUUCGCGGCCAACCCAUCGGAGGCAUGAGACGGUUCCGUCUAUCAUCUCUUCAGAAACGUCGUCAAAUGAGGUCAACGGUCGCUCCUCGUCGAGAUCGAGGUCACGAUCAGGGCCUCCCGCCAGUGCACCAUCUGUGGCGUCGUCAACCCAGUUUAGUCAUCCCGGUCUGGCUUCAAUUAUGACCAGCAACCCCAUACGACCUCCUUCAGGCAGAUUGACCGCCGGCCCUACUGCUCCAAGCUCGAUGCGCUCUCCCCCAAUAUCCCGUGCGCCAACAGAUACCCACUCCACACGACCUAUUCCACCACCCACCCCUCCACUCGGGCAUUUCACUGCACCUGUGCGGACCGCUUCGUCCGUCCGGUCCCAGCAGACGAUCGACACAUGGGGCACGCAGACGCCCUCGCACCUCGCGUCAGGCAGCCUGAUCAGUGGGCUGUAUAUGUUCCGUGACGUCCAUCAGGGAUCCAGCACAGGCGAGCAGCCAGAGCUGAACACAGUCCCAGAGUCGGACGCUGCAAGCAUCCUCACACACGACACCCGCGAAACCUCGUUCAGUAACCUUACAUCCGAAUCGCAGCCUCGUCCACCGUCGCCUGUGAGACAGGUGGGCUCCAUGGUCGGCGUGGUACUUUCGCCUAUGGAGACAGCGGAACCUCGGUCGGAGAGAAGGACAUCGUCGUAUCGUUCGCCACCAUCGGCCGAUUCAAGGCAACGCCAUGUCGGCUGGAGUGGCAGUGAUAGGCACUCUCGUACCUCAUCGAUUACCAAUGGAGUCAGCGGCUACCAGACAGAGAACGAGAGGUCGCAUAACCAGGAACACUCCUGGAGCAGCCGGCAGCGCAACAGCCAUCAUCACGAAGACCGGGCGCCAUCCCAUCGCUCGCGGACGUCGAUGGGCAGCUACUCGUAUUACUCGAACCACGACCAUUAUUGGCAGCAGCCCAACGAACUCGGCCAAUUGCAGGAGUCUGCACCUGGUGUGGCGUCUGAGAUUCGGUUGAAUAUGGGUCAAUUCAACGGUGGUCUACCUCCAUCAGGAACUACCACAGCGCCUGUGCCGGCGCCUACAUCUGUCUCCGCCGGUUCGAGCGACAGGCACCGCGACACCCGCGCUCAUCGUUCCACGAGGCCACGAAACCAUCGCUCGAUGCCGCUGCCGGAGUCGGAGUCGCCAUUCCCUAUCACAGUGGAGAGCACAGACGACGAACGGGGGUCGUAUGCGAAUUCGCAUGCGCAUAGCUCGAGUCGGGGUGUCAGUAGUCCCGGAGCAGGCUCGCAACCGCAGCUACAGUCGUUUGGGAAUGCCCUUGGUUUGGAGCUUACGACUGGCCCGCCAAUGAUCAGUGCGCCUACGCCUGUUGCUUCGACGCAACGGUUCUUGCGCUCAUUCAGCCGGGACCACUACGAACCGUAA